GUGCUUCACAACACAGCGAUGAAUAUUCUAAAUACUGCCACUUCUCAAUGUCUAUUCAUCGCCGUGAGAAAAGUACCGCGCCGCUCCACCACAAGAUUUCACCUCUAUCGUGGCUGUCUCCAGCAUGGCUGAGAUAAAUGCCCCCAGCGAGCAACGGCUCAACCUCUGCAACGGCUGCAAAGAGGUGGACGCAGCACUUGACCUGUACUACGAGCACCACAGAAAUGGAGCCAUCGAUGACUGGCAAAAACUGAAAUACACCCUCGGCACCCUGGACGAACUCUCACACACCUGCGCUUGCUGCCUGGACAUCGCGGCCUCCCUCCCAGCAUUCAACGACCCAUACAGCCCCGUUAACAAGUUUCGACUGGUGAUCGACGAUACAGACAUCAUGCUCAAGUACAAGGUACCCCGGAACAUGAGGGGGGGCUUGGAGACAGAUUAUCUCUUCCUUCUACCGACUGAGCCAAAAUCGGAAACGCUCGAGCAUGCGACACCUUUCGACCCGGCCUACUUCGAUCUCAAGCUGGUUCAACGAUGGGUUGAAAGGUGUGAGACUUUGCAUGGGGAGGCGUGUUGCCCAGCCAAGAAAGUCCCGCUCCCAGGCCUGGACUCGAUCCUGCUCAUCGACGUCGUCGACUGGUGUGUUGUCUCCGCGCCUCCGGAGGCCAGGUAUGUUGCUCUCAGCUAUUGUUGGGGUCAAACCGCAGCCGCCCGAGCCCUCAAGCACAACAUAUCAGUCCUCAAGACUCCGGGUGCUAUAUCUCCUAGCACGACCUCGUUCAAGAUCCCCCGGACGAUUGCAGACGCGAUGACUUUUACGAUUGAAAUCGGGGAGAGAUAUCUCUGGGUCGACUCGCUCUGCAUCAUCCAAGAUGACUACAACACAAAGCAGCUGCACCUCGACAGCAUGGCCUUUAUCUACGCCAAUAGCUAUUUCACUCUAGUCGCCGCCGAAGGACCGAAUGCUGACCACGGCCUACGCGGCGUUGGAGCGAGCAAGCGCGAUCUGCCCAUCCACAAAAUCCGUCUCCCGUCUGGAUCUCUCGUAUUGAAUAAGCCAAGAGCUGGCUUUAGGCUAGACUCAAUCUGGAAUUCCCGAGGCUGGACCCUGCAAGAAUCUCUCUUCUCGAGACGGUUAAUUCUCUUUGAUGGGUUCGUCUCGUGGGUAUGCUGCGAGGGAGAAUGGUCCGAGGACACCGACCGGGAGCUCGAUUUGCAGGGAAGCAGUAGCUUCCUUCUCACAGACCGUGUCGGCCUGUAUGGCCGACUCCCCCUCUGGCCCGAUCUGCAAGUUUGGGGUAGUUUGGUCUCGCAGUUCAACAAGCGCGACUUGACGUUCGAUAAGGACGUCAUCGAUGCCUUUGCUGGAAUAGAAACCGCUGGAAGACCUUCCUUUCCUGGCGGAUUCCUGCUCGGCAUGCCGCAGUUCUUCUUUGACAUUGCAAUGUUGUGGCAGCCGGAGAGAAGGCUGAUCAGACGGAUCAACGGCAGGUCCAACCAUCUCCCCAGUUGGUCGUGGGUAGGCUGGAAAGGAGAGAUCGAAACUCAGUUAUGGGGUGCUAGUAGUGCCUUGCCAUACAACGAACGCUACCCUUUACCGGAGAUCACAAUCGAGCCUCUAGUUCAGUGGAAGGCUCUGAAAUCACCAGACUACCCAGAGCACCACGCUAUUCCAAACUCGUAUGCAGUCCACCGCUCAAAAGCUGCGCCUUAUGCUGGAUGGACAGAACAUCAGAAUAAUCGCGCCACUCAUUACACGCACGACAAAGUUCCCGACCAAUACUUCAGAUACCCAGUGCCCCUUCUCGAGGACUCGCAUACACCUUCUCCAGCCAAGGAUCUGUGCUUCCUCUCAUUAACAGCCAUGCGAUCCUGCUUCAAGAUCGGCGGCAUACUAGAAGACAGAUUCGCAGAGCAGGAACGCUUUGGCCGAGACCCUUUUGCCUUCAACGUGAGCAUUUUGGAUGCCGCAAACAGAGCAGUUGGUGCCCUGAGACUCAACCUUGAAUACGUGAAUGAAGCCCCAAUCGGAGAGGAAUGCGAGCUCAUCACAAUAUCGGCAGGUACGGCAAGGAUCGGAGAAGGGCAACAUAGCUAUCUAUGGAAGAGGGACGAGUGGGCGUUGAAGCAGUGGCAUGACUCCGUAUCUCGGGGGGAAGGCACGCCCGUAUUAGUAGAAGGAAGUGAGGAAGAGGAAAGCGGUGGGGACGAGUGGGAAGACGUCGAAGAGGACGAAACAUACAAUUUCUUCAACGUCCUCUGGAUUGAGCGCUCCGGAGGCACUUGCUAUCGCAAGGCUCUGGGAAGAAUGAUCCAAGGGGCCUGGGUGUGCAGUGAACUUACCGAUAUUGUGCUUGGGUGACUACUAUAUAGAGUGGUUAUAGGGCAGUUGACAGCGAGGGGGCCAAGUUAGAUCCUCUUUCGAGAACUGGGAGGUUAGCCAAUCCUGACCUAUCCUGCUCUAUCCUGCACUUGAGAUUUGUAUACUCUAGAGCUCAUUCAUUAUCCGGUUUGAUAAAGACACAGCCAUGCGCGCACGACGUGCU